UUAAUCUGUGGAAGUGUGGCGCGCGUCCUGUAGGUGGGCUGUGAGCAUUUAUGCAAGAUUACCCAACAAGAAACAGCAGUGUAGGGGAACGUAGAGAGAGAGAGCGAGAGAGCGAGAGAGAGAGAGAGAGCACAUGUACUCUUAGGGCAUAUAACUAGCAGUUGCAAGCAGCAGAACUUUAAUAUUCAGACAGGCAACUUUACGCAAGUUAAAAUAACUUGUCUGCGUCUCGCACUCACCUCUGUUCCAAUUGCCUGCUGGGAUUACGCGUCACGUGAGACCACCGAAAAGUUUUUUUUUUUCUGAAAAGCACCUGUUGAAGAGUCCAGCGAAAUGCAGCAAAGGUAACUUCAUUCACCUGCUGCAGCAUGCAGUCAUCCGCAUCAGCUGGGAAGCGCUACUCCAACAGCUGCGUAGGAACACAUUACCACAGUCACAGUUUCUCAUACAGAGAGCUCCCUGCCGCCAGGCCCUGUCCUGAAUGUGUUCGGCCGCCGAGUGUGUGCUGCCUCAGCUGCUGAGCUGUGAGGGACUGGCCAGUCCUGGAAGAACCCAUGGCAGGGUCCCAGCACCCCCAAGUGCCCCUGGAUCCUGGGUACAUCGAGCGCCCCAAGCCACCGACAUGGAGUUGACCUGGCAGGAGCUGAUGGCCAUCACCGAGCUCCAGGAGUUGGAGGUGCCCAAUGAAGGCCAGUUCGAGUCGACCGUGUACCCCCCCUGUGAGCCGAUGGUGGCCUUCGAUGGUUAUGGGGUGGGCCAGCCCGCGCCGCAGCCCCUCCCCCUCGGCUGUGGCGGGAACCCCGGCGGCGGGUUCGCGGGCCAGUACUCCGGGGCGAUGUCGUCGGACGCCCAGUACGGCACGCACAGGCCCCAACCCCCCUGCCGGCCGUUCCACCUCGCCCACCACCCUCUCCAGCCCGGUCUGCCCAACAUGACCGCGCUGGACCACGUCCAGGGCAUGGCGGGGACCCGAAACGGGCCCCUGACAGACGUUUUGGGCGGCCCCCAGGGCCAGGGCCACCCGCACCCGGGGUUCGGCCCCGGGCCCUACAAGCAGCCGGUCGCCCCCGACGACCUGGAGUCGGACUCGGGCCUGUCGCUGGGCUCCAGCCCGCCCCUGGCCUCCCCCGGCAACGCGGCCAAUCCGGGCGCCGCCGCCGCCGCCGCCUACGCCUGCGCCGACGCGGGCGCCCUGGGGUACGGCGGCAGGAACCCCGCCGAGGCGGAGGGCGGAGCCAGCCUGUGUGGGGCGAGGGGGAGACCCGAGCGUUUUUACCCCGGGGACCCCCACCACGCGAUGACCCGAUACCCUUACCCGGCACCCCACGCCGCUUACUACCCCCCGCCCCCCGGCCUGCCCCCCGCGCCCCCGCAGCUGCAGCAGCCUGCCCCGCCCAAACACGCGCAGGCCUUUCCCCCACCCCCGCACGACUCGCACCUCAAAGGGCCCGGCCCGUCCGGGGGCCGGGGGCCCCCCUUCUGCGGCCCGUACGGGAGGCCCAGGGGCGCGUCGGACGCCCCCCUCAGCCGGGACGAGCGUCGGGCGGCGGCCCUGAAGAUCCCCUUCCCGUUGGAGAGGAUCGUCAACCUCCCCGUGGACGACUUCAACGAGCUCCUGAGCAAGUUCCCGCUGAGCGACGCCCAGCUGGCCCUGGUGCGCGACAUCCGCCGGCGCGGGAAGAACAAGGUGGCGGCGCAGAACUGCCGCAAGCGCAAGCUGGAGAACAUCGCCCUCCUGGAGGCGGAGCUGGGGCAGCUGCGGGCGCGGCGCGAGCAGCUGGCGCGCCAGCGGGGCGAGUUCCAGCGCGGCCUCACCCUGGCGCGCCGCCGCCUGGCCGACCUGCACGCCGAGGUCUUCUCCAAGCUGCGCGACGAGCGCGGGCAGCCCUACUCGCCGCGCGACUACGCCCUGCAGCAGGCCGCCGGCGGCGGCGGCGGCUACUUCCUGGUGCCCCGGGACGCGGGCGACGGGGAGGCGGAGCCGAAGGCGCAGAGCCUCCCCGCGCACUGACGCUAGGGCUGGUUCCGGCCCAGGCUCCGCCCACACUCCCUGCGGUCUGGGGAGGGGGCGGGGAGGGGGCGGGGUCUCAGAGCCCCUCACAGCUGCAUCGCCGGCUCCUUCCAGUCCAGACUCUGAGAGCACGAGCGCACUCCUGCAGCCGCUCUCCAGGACCCCGCCCGUGGACAGCCUUAAAUCAGAGCUGCAUCGACACAGCGCGUGCGUUUGGUGGCAGUAGCGUCUCUCCCUGUCAGCUAAAUACGUCUGGCGAGCCUGGUGCUGGCAGAUUCCCAUCUGUGCUGGUUUUCAUUUGCCCCCUGCCGGGUUGGAGAGAACUUUUAACCGAACCACAGUCCACUGCUGAUUCUCUCCACUGCUGAACACGUGCGGUUUUACUCCAGGGGUAUUACUCCAGGUUAAACUGAGAAUAAGGGGGUAAGGGGGAACCCCCGAGCUGGAUUUUUGUCCUUUCUAUUUAAAUUUGUAAAAACCGCCAGUCAUGUUAAAGCGAAGGUAAAUUGCUCAGCCGAUAGAAGGCUCUGAAACACUGUUUUUCCUCUGGGUUUUACCCCAGGUGUGAAAGCUAGCACAAAGUCAUUUCGUCAGAUUUGCUCCUGGGGUAAACUCACUGCAGCCAGGUCUAUAACGCUUGUUCAGCUGUUCCGUUACUUUUCCAUGACCCUCCAUGAACAAGCACUCUUAAUACUGAACAGGCUGUGUGUAUUACCAGUUUUGUAAAAGGGGCUCAAAAUUAUAGAAAUACAUUCAACUUGUUAACGAGGUUAAUAUAACAAUUUUAAUGGAACUUUU